AAUCAACACCUGCAUUUUACCUUAUCAACCUUUGGUUGCCGUGGUAUCAAGCGUCGGCGUGGGUGCCAAAUCAAAUGAGCAGCGAGACAGUCGACUGGUUGAACGCUUAUCGCCUGAACGGAAUGAUGACACGGCGCGAUCCCACGUGUAUGCUGUCGCUUGAUCAUUGGGAGGGAAGGUCCGUCGAUGCGAAGGCUGCUGAAGCCGAGUUGAGAGAAGCCAGACAGAGGCUGGAGGAGAAGAGGAGGAAAGAAGAGGGAUUGAGGGAGAAGAGAGAGAAAGAAUCGUUUGAGGCUCAUCUAAGACUAACAACUCAACUUAUUUUUUCAAGCUCUCGGCAGAUUCCAAGUCUUUGUGAGCCAAGAAGUCUUUAUCAUUUUAAACGAGAAACAUUUGUUCCACAAGUUCUUCCAAGAUGGCCAAAGGAAGUCAGCUGCAUUUCAGAUCACAUAUCCCACCAUCCAUAUGUUCCCAAACAUCGAGAAUCUCUAUGUAACCCAGAUCGAGACAAAGACCGAAUGGUGACAAGACAUCUUGAGAAUGGAAGCCGACUUGUGUAUUUCUAUUCUCCCAGCAUGGAGUCGUUUUUUAAACGUGCUCGUGUUGGAGAGAGUGUAGUGUGUGAGGGUGGUGUUUGCUGUAAGCUCGAGUCUGUGACGGGUAACAUGCUGCUGUUUGAGUCACGAUUUGAAAGUGGGAAUCUUCAGAAAGCAGUUCAAGUAGGGCCAUUUGAAUAUGAACUGUGGCUUCGAUGUGACCUGUACACUCAGAAACAUACACAAUGGUAUUACUUUCGGGUGCAGAACAUGAGACCAAACGUCACCUACAAGUUUACAAUAAUGAAUUUAUUGAAGCCUGACAGUUUGUAUAACCAUGGCAUGCAGCCUCUCAUGUAUUCUGAAAAGAAAGCAGCACAGAAAAAAAUUGGAUGGCAUCGAGUCGGUCAUCGAAUCAAAUAUUACAGAAAUUCCAUCCGAAGAGAGGAUGGUAAAUGUGAGCAUUUUUGCUAUUCGUUGACAUGGCAAUGUGAAUUUCCAUCGGUGGAUGAUACGUGUUACUUUGCUCAUUGUUAUCCUUAUACAUACUCAGAUCUGCAGGAAUACUUGCGAUGCAUCACUCAAGAUCCAAUCCGAUCUCAGAUUUGUAAACAAAAAACUCUCUGUCGCACAAUUGCUGGCAAUCUCGUUCACAUACUCACCAUCACUUCAUCUGCCAAUUCUCCAGUAGAAGCCGAGACAAAGAGAGCGAUAGUUGUGACUGCACGCGUUCAUCCUGGAGAGACAAAUAGCAGCUGGAUGAUGAAGGGUUUGUUGGAUUAUCUGACGGGUUCAAGUCGUGAUGCAAAGAUUCUUCGAGACAAUUUCGUGUUUAAAAUCAUCCCAAUGCUUAAUCCAGACGGCGUGAUCGUAGGCAACUAUCGCUGCUCGCUGACCGGACGCGAUCUCAACAGAAACUACAGGACAAACCUAAAGGACUCGUUUCCCUCCGUGUGGUACACGAAGCAGAUGGUGAAACGGUUGACACAAGAGAGGGAGGUCGUAUUGUAUUGUGACUUUCAUGGUCAUUCUAGGAAGCAAAACGUCUUUAUUUAUGGAUGUGAUAACAAAAGUGAUCCUUCUAUGCGACUUCACGAGAGAGUUUUCCCAAUGAUGAUGCAUAAGAACGCUCCUACUAAAUUUUCAUUUUCUGAUUGCUCAUUUAAAGUGCAAAAGAGCAAGGAAGGGACGGGUCGCAUCGUAAUGUGGAGAGAGAUGGGCAUCAUGAACAGUUACACGAUGGAAACAACGUUUUGCGGCUCAACAAUGGACAAACUAAUUGAUUACCAUUUCUCCACAGCUGACUUAGAAACACUUGGUUAUCACUUCUGUGACACAGUACUCGACUACUGUGACCCAGACAGAACAAAGUAUGAGCUGAUUCUUGAAGAGGUGAGAGAGAAAGUCAAGGCUGAUAUAUUGGCAAAACUUGAUGCAAUGGGAAAACAGUUGCCGCCAGGCACAGAUCCAUUGGAUAUGCCACUCUUGGACGGUGAUUUUACGUCCGGAAAUGAAUCAAGUGAUGUUGGCUCAGACAGCUCUGUGUCAGAUGGAUUGCCUGUGCAUCUUCUUCACAGUGGGAAUCGUACAGGAAAUGGCAAGAAAAAGAAGAAACGCAAAAGUCGAACAGAACGGAAUCGCCGGAGAUCGAAACUGAAACUUCACCAUGAACAAUCCAAUGAGAUGUCGAAUUUUAGCAGCACUGAGCCAUCGGCCGUUCCUCUUACUGAACAGGAUGUUCUCAAUAGUGAUCGUUGUGGCAAGUCAUUGGCAAAGAAACAAUCAGACAAAAAGGGCGUGGCACUGAAGUUGACAACUGUACAACAGGGAGGAGUACCGAUGAACACAGAAGAGAGACUAGAAGAUCGACAUCUACGCAGGAUUGAAUAUUUGGAGUCUCUCACUGACGAUUACAUACGCAGCAGUAUGCUCAUCACUGCAGGUAGUCCAAGCUCAACGAAGCUUCGAGCAUUGGGUGCUGUCACACCCAGCGUGGCCGGUCUGGUGGAGGACAGACUGUCCGGUCGUGUGAUGAUUAGCGGCUACUCUCUUGUUGACAAGACAGAAGACACAACAGCAGGGACUUUGUCAGCUGGACAGACUUUGUCGGCUGAACAAACAAUAGCAGUGAGGCCUGGACAGGCAAGACCAUCGAUUGAUGUGUACAGUCCUCCGAGGAUUCGUUCGUCUGCUGGGUUUCGAGUUGAGUCUCCGUUUCUUCGCUCAAACAGUCAAGGACCAGGAGCGUUUACUGCUCGUUAUGUCUCUCACCAUUUAUCAAAUGAAUCAGGAGGUCGGCUGGCAGCUCUCUCUCAUGCUCAUUCGGGAAUUCUUCGAAGUGCAUUAGCAUCACGACCAGCAACAGCCACACAUUCGCGAACAUCGUUGAUCCAGCCGGUUUCAACUCGUUCACGAACUUCAAUGCAACGUUCAAGUCGUCCCAUCUAUCACAUAUCAGAUAUAGUAAGACGGCAAGACACACCAGUUCCAGAGACAACGAAAACACACAAAAACACCGACUCACAUCAGGACACAAAAUACGAUGACCAAUCAGAGGCAAAGAAUGGCGAAACAUUAGCAGCAUCAAACAGUACGUGUAGUAUUGCUAUGGCCAUGCCGUUGGAUAAGGACACAAUUCAGUUUCUUGCUGAUCGGCUCAAGGAGACGACAUUACCAAGAACCAACUCGACAGCCCUUGUUCGAUCAGGCCUGUUUAAAAAGCAGCUGCAAGCUGUGCAAUCAAUGAAACCACAAGUUUCAUCGACAUCACCACCAAUCAAGCACGAGAGAUACAACAACUCAACACUUAAUAGGAGCACUAACCCUAACCCUAAGGCUUGCCUCAGUCCAAUAUCUCACAAGCCUGCAGCUCCUAUGAUCUCUGAAGACAAGAAGCAAGUGCCUAGUGCUACGUCACGAACAGCCGGCGUGAAUCGUCUCUCCAAACUUACAUCAGCCGUUGCUCAAGAAAAAGCAGCAAAUCGGGAGCGAAUUGAUGAGCAUAAAAGUGGUAUAGCAGCUGCUGUACGUGAGAGAGAGGAGAAGCAGCAGCAGCAGCGAUCUCUGACAAACAUUAAGGAAGCAUCGUCCUUGGCUAGUAAACAUUACAAUCAUGUGGAGCCGACUUCGAACACUCAGAGUGUUGAGAAAGAUAAGAAAAGUGUGGCUCCUCGUGUGCGUAAAAGCACCAGUGAACCCACGACUGGUUGUCACACCAGUGAGGUACGCAAGAUGGUACAGACUGAUAAUGUACCUCGUACAUCAAGAUCAGUUUCUGGAGGUAGAAACGUAAGCCCCAAAAAUUGUUCAAAUGAAUGCAAACUGGCAGCUCAAGCAGUCACGCCUGUGGAUGGAAAUUUACAUGUGACGUUUCCGGAAAAUGCUGGGAAGAAAUUCACGCUGCAGAAAGUCGAUCCUCUGACAAAAUCAGCAGAGGGUUUAAGCAGAGAACCACUAGAGCCUGCCAUCAUGUAUCGAGUAGCACCAAAGCCAAAUGCUGCAACUGGUACUCCAACACCAACAAUAGACAUUACAAUGGAAACAUCAAAGGUCAACUAUUAUAUAGCAACAAGAAAAAAGAUGCCACAACUCAGACCACAUCUGCGAGCAUCGACUGCUAGCCACUACAUGUUGCCCAGUGUGCGUCGCCAGAGAGAUGCAGAAUGGUAAGAUGUACAACUGGUACAGUGAAGGAGGAGAUAUAUUUUUAUUUAUUGUAAUGUACUGGUGGAGUGGCGCCACGUGUUGGUAGGCAAACAAGCUGGACUGAUGAUCUUGCCUUAUUUAAUUAAUAAAAAUUAAUUGUAUGACUGACAUGUAUUGUGUUGAUGUGUCACUCAGCAAGUCAAUUUCACAAUGAAAUUUCGCUCAAGUUUUCCUAACAUUUGCAGACAAUUACAAAAUAAUUUACAAUUUUAUGAUUAAUUAAGUGUCGUGUUAAUAUUUUAAAUAAUUUUUUACACCGAAAACGUUAGUGUGUCAGUCAAAUUUGUGUAAGAAAAUAAAGC